AUAUGCCCUCGCAAUUAAGAAACAGGCCUUUUUUUAUACAAAUAGUUCUACCUUGAUUAAUUUUGCUAAUUAAUAAAAUAAUUACAAUGUCUUAUGGUUGUUAGGAGACAUAUUUUUAUUCUCAUAUGAAGCUAUUGUAAACAUCUUGUUUGUUUUCCUCGUAGUACCUCCCGCAUCAAAGACAGUGUAUUUAACAGUAGUUAAAUGCCUCGUGUUGAGUGAAAUUGAAUGGAGAGUUUUGAAAAGAAACGUUAACAAAUUUUAAUCCUUAUAUUUUCAAAGUUACGUUAGUGUUUCACGCCGACGAUAUAACAUACAUGAAACAAUCUUCAAUUAUUAACAAAUAUGGCAUCAUUUGUAACAAAUUUUCAAAACGCCCAGCUUUUUAAGAAAUGUUUAAAAACAAGUUUUGAUAUCAUAGUUCGUAAUCGAUUCAGAAUGAAUCCUCGCCCCAAAAAACGUCACCCAGAAUGGCUUCCAAAACCAACACGUGUACUCUAUAAUGAAGAUCUUACCCGAGAAAAUAAAGAAUUUAUCUCAGGCGUUAUAGCUACUAACCUUGUACAGAAUUCUAUGUUAAAAUCAGAGAUAAUUAAGUCAGAAACAGAAUGGACUCGUACCUCUAUGCGAACUGGUCUAAUUGGCAAAAAGAUUGGAGUAUAUCCAAUGUGGCUUAAAAAUGGGAAAAGAGUAUUAAGUACUCUGAUACAGAUUGUAGAUAAUGAAGUUGUCAAGUAUAUACCACCAGAAAAAUACAUACCAGUUAAACAAUCAAAGCAUAAACGAGUUAAAACAAAAAAAGGUUGCCUCGUAGUAGGUGCACAAAAUAUUGAUCCACAGAUACUUACUAAAGAGUUUUAUGGAGUAUUUAAUACUGCUGGAGUUACACCAAAGAAGGUACUGAUGAGGUUUCAUAUUACACCAGAUGCUGCCUUAGCACCAGGAACUCCUUUGCUUGCAGCCCAUUUUAGACCAGGAGAAUUUCUUGAUAUUAGAGGAAAAACGAUAGAUCGCGGCUUUCAAGGUGUUAUGAAAAGAUGGGGAUUCAAAGGUAUGCCUGCAAGUCACGGCGUAACUAAGACUCACAGGAGAGGAGGUAAUAUUGGUUCUGGAGGUGCUAAAGCUAGAGUAAUGCCUGGUACUAAGAUGCCUGGGCAUAUGGGGAAUCGUUAUCGUACUCUGAAAGGUGUAAAGAUAUUACGAAUAAACACCAAGUAUAACGUAAUUUGGGUAUUAGGUCCAAAUAUACCAGGAGAAACGAACACCAUGUGUUAUUUGUACGAUACAAUACUUCCUUUAAGAAGACUUACUGCGCCGCCGAACUUUCCUACGUAUUCACCAAACAGCAACGAAGACGAACUUCCUGAGAAUCUUUAUGCAGAUGAUGUUCAUCAGUUCGGUGAUCCCACAAUUGAAUUUAUACCUGAAUCGUAAUUGUAACAAGAUAGU